GACAAACUGCAGCAUUUUUGUAUUAUUGGAUAUUUUGGGUCUGCUUGAAGUAUUUAAUUCAUAUGUACCAACAUUGUAUAACUCAAAACACCCAGCAUUUUAGUUUUCAAAUUUGACGUUUAUCGUUAAGACUUUUAUCUUGAAAUGCCUAAAAAAACGUCAAAAUUUGGCUUUUUUUUGGUGGCCAUCUUGAAUUGGGUUUAAUUCACCAGCGUUUCUGCCUUCACAUUCAUUGCAAAGGAGACCACGGUCAGGUCCAUCUAUUUAAUUUAAGCGUCUCUUUCGGGGGAGAAUGGGCUGAGUUAUGCUCUACGAUAUACCUCUGUCUGUUGAAGGAAACCCCGUUGUCUGCGAGUGCGUGUAGGUGGAUGAUUUCAGCGUGAUUUUUGGAGCGAUGUCUGCCGCAGAAGGAGCACACAGCCCGGACAGACUCAAUCAGUUUGAGCGGCUGUCUGGAAGGCCUCCGAUAAGAGCCGCAGGCUCUAAGAAGAGAGUUUCCUGGGUACAAGCUCGAAGACUCCUCGGCCAGCCCUGCCCCAGUCUACGGAUCCCUAACAGGUUUUUAAGAGAAGGUCACAGAGUCCCACCGGCCCGGAGUGGCCAUCGCUGUGUAGCAGACAACACCAACCUCUAUGUGUUCGGAGGGUACAACCCUGACUCCGAUGAAUCGGGCGGCUCAGAGAACGAAGACUACCCGUUGUUCAGGGAGCUGUGGAGGUUCCACUUCGCCACAGGGACAUGGCAACAGAUCCGCACGGAGGGUUUCAUGCCCACCGAACUGGCUUCGAUGUCAGCUGUUUUACACGGUAAUAACCUGCUUGUGUUCGGCGGGACCGGAAUCCCGUUCGGGGAAAACAACGGAAAUGAUGUUCACGUCUGCAAUGUAAAAUACAAACGUUGGUCCCUCCUCAACUGCAGGGGAAAGAAACCCAAUCGAAUAUAUGGACAGGCGAUGGCCAUAAUCAACGGCUUCCUGUAUGUAUUUGGAGGUACGACAGGCUACAUCUAUAGCACAGAUCUUCACAGACUGGAUCUAACAACACGUGAGUGGAUUCACCUGAAACCCAACAACCCUGCAGACGACCUGCCUGAGGAGCGAUAUAGGCAUGAGAUAGCUCAUGAUGGACAGAGGAUAUAUAUUCUAGGAGGUGGAACUUCCUGGACUUCCUACCCAUUAGACAAGAUACACGCAUAUAACCUUGAAACAAAUUCCUGGGAGGAAAUCACAACUAAGCCUCAUGAACGAAUAGGAUACCCAGCCCCACGGAGAUGUCAUAGUUGUGUGCAGAUUAAAAAUGAUGUAUUUAUAUGUGGAGGUUACAAUGGUGAAGUAAUACUGGACGACCUGUGGAAAAUCAACCUGCAGACGUUCCAGUGGAAUAAGCUACCUGCGGUGAUGCCUGAACCUGCAUAUUUCCACUGUGCUGCUGUUACCCCGGCCGGUUGCAUGUACAUCCACGGUGGUGUGGUGAACAUCCAUGAGAAUAAGCGGACUGGUUCCUUGUUUAAGAUCUGGCUGGUAGUGCCCAGUCUGCUGGAGCUGUGCUGGGAUCGUCUGCUCAAAUCUUUUCCGCACCUGGCCCAACUUACCCCCAUACAGCUGCUAAACUUGGGCCUCACCCAGGAACUCAUUGAACGCUUAAAAUAAAGAAGAGGGGGCUGUGAGCGCGAGAGACUAUAUGUAUACGUACUAUGUGUGUACUUUUUUUUUUUUUGAAGCUGAUCAUGGGCAGGACAACGGCACUUGACGCCAGCGCGUGGACUCAAGCUCCAGGAUCGACUAAGGAACCCCAUCCCAACGCAGUCCGCCUUAAAACCAAAAACUGUAGGAUGCCUUUUUUUUGUUUUGCGUAUGCACCUUUUAAUGAUUUGAAAAUCAAUACAAAACAUAAAUAUCCUUUAAAGAGAGGGUUUAUUUCCUCAAACACUAUAUGGGUCAGUGACCUGAAAGUUUUUUUUUUUGUUUUCUUGAGAUUGUACUAUUGUUAUUUAUUGGCCUUCAGAAGUGACAUGAGGGACGUUGAGUUGUUUUUACUGAUGUAUCUUAAUUCCUUUCCUGUCAAAGAAUUAUUUAAGUUUUAUAAAUCACAUCACAGCAUGAAUAUUUAAUCAGCAGUGAUGUAAUUGGGGUUUAAUUAGUUUCCAGGCAACUGUUCAGAUUACUCCUGAACAUAUACCAACUUAUGCAGAACUAUUGAUGCCUGGGAUUGUGAUUUAAGGUUUUACUGCAAUGAAAAUGGUGCAAACAGUGUUGAAAUGUUGAAUGUUUUAACAAAAUGGCAAUUUUUUGGUUUUCACUGCGAAUGUUGAUUUUUAGGUUGGACGCUGUUGCUCAGAUCUGCAGUUACAUCUGCACUUAAGGCACAAACACCAGACAAAGUAAUUUGUCUUUUCUUUUUUUUUCUUCAAACUAAGCUGUACAGCCAUAGCAGAGCUGUUCCCAUGUUUCACUCAAUUUUGUAAACCAGUCAUUACAUCACUGUGAAUAAGGUGCUCCUUAAUUUACUUUUAAAGCUUUUACUGAAAUAAAAUGUUUGUUUUUCCUUAAACGAAUCAUCACUCAUCGAAGUUUUUAAAUCAACACAUUUCAGCCAACUGCACACUCAUUUAAUUGAUCUAGUGCCUUUCUGAGCAAGACCUGAUAAUGUGCUAAAUUUAACAAUGAGACAAAGCCUUGCUAAAAGCACUUUAUUAUUAUUUCAUUUAAAUUUUACGCUGACCUAAUUUUAUAAGAGGUGCAUUACAAACAUUGACCAUUUUCAUCAAGCUUUCUAGCACUUGACACAUUUACAAUAAAUUAAAAUUUUAGACUAUUUUGUGUUUGGUCAGACUCAGCAUAAUGAUAUUUUUGGCCUUGUGUAUAUCUGUACCGUCAAAUAAAUAAAAAAACUGAUAACCUUCCUAUCAUUUAGCAAUAAUGUAGCGGAGCAUCUCUUUACUAUGCGGACCCAUUUAAACUAUCAAGCUCUGAAUUCAAAAACAGUCAAAAUGCCAAAUACAGUAUCUUGAAUUCAAAGUUCAUGCAUUUCAUUUUAACAUGUUAUGGUUUGUGGCCAUGUAACUACAUAGGCACCAGCAAUUGAUGUAGUUGAGUAAAUUGUUAAAUUUCUAAUUGCUAUUUUAACACCCUCUGUAUCUGUAGCUUCAUUUUGGAAUUUGGUCACAUACAUGCUUAUAAUGUGUGCCUAGCCACCACUUUCUGCCAUUUUAUUUCUUCAUGACUGGAUUCCUGUUUGCAUGGGUCAGGAUUUUAGGGUGCUUUGUCAUUCAGGCAAUGUGCAGACUUUGACAACUCCAUAUUUAUGACUUUCAUAGAAAUGAUUUCGGCAACACAGCGGAAUAUCUCACUCAGUCUGCAUGGCGUGAUGGGAGUCCCUACAUUUCUUUGCAUUUUUUGAGACAAGGGGUCUCGCUGGAUUUCAAUUCCUCAGUUGUGCAGCAAAUGUUCAUGGUACUUACUGGUUACCUGUAACUUGUGUACCAGUUUUGUGUUUUAUUGUUGAAAAAUGAAUAAACUUGUUCAAACUGC